AUGAUUUCUUCAAACUUCGUGGUGCUUGCCUAUUCCAUACUCCUCCUUGCACAAAGCUCUCCCGCGACAGGCCGACAUGUUUUAGAACGCAGAGAUCCAGCUAUAACUACAUCACCUUCAGGGAAUUACGCACCAGUCUACGACACGUGUCCGGCACAGUUUUAUCUCAGAGAACCAAAUAAGCUUACGAACGGACGGGCAGAACUCAGUCGGGCGGAGCGUAACUACAUUGCCGAAAAGGCCCGAAAGUCGGUCAAUCCGUGGCGGAAAUAUUUGGAAAAUGAAGCCGAGAAGCGCGGAGGUUUGGCCGGAGAGACUCUUCCAAACUUUGGCCUCUCUCUGAGUGGUGGAGGCGGGAGAGCACUGUGCCUCAGUGGUUCAAUUCUUGAAGCAUUUGAUGCCAGAAAUCCGAGGGCAGAUGCGGCCAAAGUUGGCGGUAUCUUACAGCUUUCCAACUAUGCAGUCGGGGUUUCUGGCGCAAGUUGGCUCUUGGGAGCAUGGGCCACUUCCAACUUCCCUCCAAUUUCUGAUAUCGCGCCGAAAUGGCGCUUGUCUGAACAAAAUGAUCUAUGGGACUGGAAUGUGAUGAAGCAUUACAGCAAAGUUUACAAAGUAGUCAAACAGAAGAAGAUGGCAGGCUUCGCCACAAACAUCGUGGAUUUCUGGGGUCGCCUUCUCUCUCGACUAUUCAUAGAUGACCCGACCCAAGAAGAUCCAAACCAAGGCGAAGGUGUACUCUGGUCUUCUAUUGGACAAACUCCCCUAUACAAAGACCGACAAGUGCCUUAUGUCAUUGCAGUCGCCACCAGCCGGCCUGGUAUAAAGGAAGACUUCACUCCCUACAGUCCUAUCUACGAGUUUUCCGCGGAAGAGUUCGGCGUGUUCCAUCCUCGUCUCAAUGCAUCCAUUCCGAUGAAGUACCUGGGGUCUCCACAAAAUUUGAACGGGGUUCACAGAACUUGCGUCCGUGGAUUCGAUAAUGCUGGGUUUAUCAUGGGACUUUCUAGUAACAUAUAUUCCAUGUUGGACUCGCCUAACGAACAUAGACCAAUUGUUCUGAAGAUAAUCGACAAGCUCACCGAAGAUGAUAACUUCGAAGGAAAGGUGCCCAACACAUUCCAAAAUCUAGGACAGGGACCGGAAGAUGAAUCCCCCGGAUUUCAAGAUAACGCGCGUGAUACACUCCUGAUGGCCGAUUGCGGAUUUAUCAACGAAUCCAUACCCCUUUAUUCCUUGUUACAGCCAGAGAGGAAUAUUGAUGCAAUCAUUGCUGUCGAUGCAAGUACAGAUGGUCAGGAGGCGGAUCCCACCUUGUUGAGAUAUCCAAAUGGCACAGCCUUAUAUGCUUCUUAUUCGAGAACACGGCUUCCAUUGUACAAAGGACGCCACAUGCCAAAGAUACCAAACUCAGUCAACGGAACCUUUACCCAAUUGGGGUAUCACCGACGACCAACAUUUUUUGGCUGCAAUGAUUUCAAAGGCCCUCUAAUAAUUUAUUUGCCCAACUACUAUGCAGUAGGAGAGACGAACCAGCCGACUUCCAAAACAACAUAUACUCCUGAAGAGAUUCAAAUCUUCUACGAGAAUGGUUUCGCGAUAGCCACCCAAAAUGCUGGGCCAACGAAGAAUGCAGACUGGCCGGCGUGCCUGGCUUGUGCUUUGAUCGAUCGACAAGUUUUGCGCAAUUCGGCUUCGAGAACGGCUGAAUGUCAAGCUUGCUUUCAACAAUAUUGCGCAAGGGAUUAG